AUACAACGUCGAAAUCCAAAAGGAAGAAAAGAGUUCGAUUAUUGAUAAUUCAUAUUACUACUGGUUAAAGGUUAAUGAUUACCCAAUCAACAGAAAAAUCAAAAAAUUUCUGGAAAGGGAAAGCAAAACAAAAGAUAAAUAUUUACACAGAAACAGUGAUUGAGAAUGUCUGGGAGAAGGCGAGCACGUCCUGACACAACCACGCCACUUCUCGGCCAACAGCCUCGCUCACCAUACUAUAGCCCUCGCAGUCCUCGGCUUCAUUCUGUCUUCCUUGAGAUGUCUUUUUCCUCUCCCACUCCUCCCGCCAACCCUAAUCGCUGUGUCUUCCUCGGCGUUGACGUCGGCACCGGCAGCGCCCGUGCAGGCGUCUUUGAUGAAAACGGGAAGCUUCUUGGUUCGUCUAGCAGCCCAAUACAGAUAUGGAAAGAUGGUGUCCAUGUUGAGCAAUCUUCUACAGAUAUAUGGCAUGCAAUCUGUGCAGCUGUAAAAGCGGCUUGCUCUUCAGCAAAAGUUGCACCUGAAGAAGUAAAGGGUCUGGGAUUUGCGGCUACUUGUUCUCUUGUAGAUGCUGAUGGCUCUCCUGUUUCGAUCUCUUGGAGUGGUGAUUCAAGAAGGAAUGUGAUAGUGUGGAUGGAUCAUAGAGCAGUAGAGCAAGCUGAAAGGAUCAAUUCCAGUAACUCGCCUGUAUUACAGUAUUGUGGUGGAGCUCUUUCACCUGAAAUGGAGCCUCCAAAGCUAUUGUGGGUCAAAGAAAAUUUGCCAGAAUCUUGGUCUAUGGUUUUCAGGUGGAUGGACUUGAGUGAUUGGUUGUCAUACAGGGCAACUGGAGAUGAUACUCGUAGCCUGUGCACCACUGUUUGUAAGUGGACAUAUCUUGGUCAUGCACACAUGCAGCAAGUAAAUGAUAAAGACUCUCGAGAUAUGGAAGCUUGUGGAUGGGAUGAUGAAUUUUGGGAAGAGAUAGGGCUGGGUGAUCUUAUUGAAGGACAUCACGCUAAGAUAGGACGAAGUGUUGCUUUCCCUGGCCAUGCUUUGGGUAGUGGCCUUACUCCUGCUGCAGCACAGGAACUGGGUCUAGUAGAAGGAAUUCCUGUUGGGACAUCACUAAUUGAUGCUCAUGCUGGUGGUGUUGGGGUAAUGGAAAGUAUGCCCCCAUCAGAUUCUGAACUUAAAGGAGGUUUUGUAUCUUCUGGGCAUGCUAAGGAAGAAAUCUGCAACCGCAUGGUGUUAGUCUGUGGAACUUCUACUUGCCAUAUGGCUAUAUCACAGAGCAAGCUGUUCAUUCCUGGGGUUUGGGGACCAUUUUGGUCAGGAUCAAUUAGCAACUCUGCAGUUGCUCCUUUGGGAUUCUUCUAUGUGGUGAACCAUUUUUCCUUUAUUUGUUCAGCGAUGGUACCAGAAUAUUGGCUCACGGAAGGUGGUCAGAGUGCUACUGGUGCAUUAUUGGAUCAUGUAAUUGAAAACCAUGCUGCUUCUCCUCACCUUGCUAAUCUAGCUGCUUCUCAAAAGGUUUCUGUCUUUGAACUUCUGAACAAGAUCUUGGAAAAGUUGUUGUCUGAGCAGAACCAUCCGUUUGUUGCUGCCUUGACUGAAGAUACACACGUUCUUCCUGACUUCCAUGGGAACAGGUCUCCCAUUGCAGAUCCAAAAGCAAAAGGUGUUGUUUGUGGUUUGACACUUGACACAAGUGAGAAACAGUUGGCCCUUCUAUACUUGGCAACUGUGCAGGGAAUUGCAUAUGGCACUCGCCAUAUUGUUGAGCAUUGCAAUGCCCAUGGUCACAAAAUCAAGACCCUGCUUGCAUGUGGUGGCCUUUCAAAGAAUCCUUUGUUCAUUCAGGAACAUGCUGAUAUUAUUGGCUGCCCAAUAAUUCUUCCAAGGGAAAGUGAAUCUGUGCUCUUGGGUGCUGCUAUUUUGGGUGCUGUGGCUUCUAAGAAAUUUUCUACCCUUAGUGAGGCCAUGAAAGCCCUGAACGCUGCGGGUCAGGUCAUUCAUCCAUCUGAAGACCCUAAGGUGAGAAAAUACCAUGACACAAAGUACAAAAUAUUCCGGAGCCUUUAUGAACAGCAGCUCUCUUAUCGGUGCAUGAUGGCUCAAGCCAUGGCGUAGUUCUCCACCUGCUUGAUCUCAAACUGGUGAUUCUAUGACGUUAUUUCGUGGCCAUGGAUUUCGGCUGCAGAUUAGACAAUUUAAGAAUUCAAUGGAAGAAGAUACAGGGUAAGUAGUCAUCAAUUUGAGUUGGAAAGUUUUUUUGUACAGCCUCGUGUGCCUUUUCUUCCCCAUUUUCUCCUUGAAUGUAUAGAAUAAAGAGUUCGAGUUUCGCUCUGCUUUCUCUGCUGUAAACUGUGAUGUAAAUGAAGUUUAUGAUUUGACAAGAGUUGAAUCACAGAAUGUGUUACAACUUACAGAGGGUAAGGAUGUAAAUAACUUACAGCAAAGGAUCGUUCGUAAUAAUUUGUUCUCCCAA